AUGUCUCUAGAAGGUGCUAUGGAAGAAGAGAGGAGGCUUAUAGCCCAAAUCUUGGAAAGACAACAAUUAAAUGCAAUGACUACCGACAGGGAUGGCCGUCGUGAUCGAACAUUGUCCCGAUCAACCACUCGUGGUCUCAGUAGAUCUCUGAGUAGAUCUUCAAGUUGGGAUCCUGACGAGCAUUUUAUGAUAACUUCACAGGAUCCUUCUCUUCGAUUGAUGCCUGACUAUGGAAAAAGUGACAGCGAAAAGGGUGAUUAUGACAAUGAAGCCGUUCCCGGGGCGGAUACUCAUUAUGGAGGAGACGAGACAAGUGAGGAGGAGCAAAUAAGUGACACUGAUAACGAAUUCUCAUAUGAUGAUGAUGGAAGUGUGCUACCAAAUUAUUCUACUUACACUGCGUUGGCUGCUGCAUCGCCACCAAGUUCUCCCGGUAUGAAGCAUGUCUCUUUACAGAGAAACAGCAGUAGCAGAGAUGGAAGCAGCGAUAAUAUCAGAGGAAGCAGACCAUCUUCUUCUAUAUCUCCUGUUCGUACAUCCUCGAACAGAGGGACGUCAUCACUUUAUUCAACUACAUUUGGACCAAGAAUACAUACGAAGGAUGAAGAAAUAGUUCAUAUUCAUAAUAGAAAGCUGAUCAAGGAUGCUAUUCAGGCCGAAAAAUUGGACGAGAUGUUGGCAGCGGAAAGAGCUGCGGCAAAUGCUAGAGCUAUUGGUAGGGAUGUGUCUACUGAUUUUAUGAAACAAGUGGAAGAAACGGCGGUAGAGGCUGGCACUCAAAUUCACGUUGAUCCUGAGAACUUCUACAAGAACAACCCCAAGAGAAAGGAGAAACUACAAGAGUAUGCUAAAUAUAAAAAGAAACUUACCUCGUCUCCUGAUCCAACUGACGGAUUUGUCAUUCCAUAUACAAAUGACAUUGAGGAGAAGAUAGAUUCAGAGUUGGCUAGAGUCUUGAACGAGAACAUCAAGAUUUCGGCCAUAGAGACUAACUCGGAAACUCAAAGAUCUGUUAGGACUAUAACUAGAGGAAAUUUUUUUGAGAUCUUGAUAGGGUCAGGGCUAAAGCAUCCUAAAAGUUUCAUUAUAUGUCUGGAUUUCUCCGAAGAAAGCAAAAACGCUCUUGAGUGGUGUAUAGGAACGGUUCUUGUGGACGGAUCAGUUCUCUAUGUGCUGAAUGUUAUUGAGGAUGAUGAGUAUUCUUCGAUGCAACUCAAUGGUAUUCAACCAAGGGGAAAGAGAAACAGCACGGCAAAUAGAAGCAAUUCAGUAAAAGGAAGAAAGAAGCUUUCGCAAAAAUCCAGAGAUAGAUUGAGAGAAGAGAACGUCGAGCGAAUCACAAAGGACAUACUGUCACUUCUCAAAUUGACAAAAUUACAGGUUCAUGUGGUGAUUCAAUCGUCGCAUCAUCCAAUCCCUCGGCAUUUUAUAUUGUGCGUGAUUAAACAUAUAUCCCCUACCUUGAUUGUGGUAGGAUCAAAGGGAGCCUCUGCCAUGAAAGGUGUUCUUUUAGGUUCACUAUCCAACUAUCUCGUGAGAAAAAGUACAGCGCCGGUAAUGGUGGUGAAACAUAAGCUAAAGAAACUAACAAAGAAAGGCAAGCAGUUCAACAAUAAUGUUGGUACUCUUCACAGUUUGGCAGAAGCAAGAGUUGAUUGA